AUGUCAACACUCUCCACCCAGACAGCCUCCAACAUCAGCACUCCAAUGGCUCCUACCUUCCUGCUGGUGGGCUUGCCUGGCUUGUCGGCUGCACCAUCCUGGUGGACAAUACCUCUCAUCACUGUCUACCUUAUCUCUGCGGUGGGCAAUGGUACUGUCCUCUGGAUCAUUGUCCUGGAGCCCACGCUGCACCGUCCAAUGUACUUCUUCCUCUUCCUGCUUAGCCUGUCUGAUGUUGGCUUGGCCUCAGUCCUGAUGCCCACCUUGCUGGGCUUGGCUUUUGCUGAUGCUCGUGCUAUCCCUGCCUCCACCUGCCUCUUGCAGAUGUUCUUUGUCCAUGUCUUUUCUGUCAUGGAAUCCUCAGUCUUGCUUGCCAUGGCCUUUGAUAGGGCACUGGCUAUCUGCCGCCCUCUCCAAUACCCGUCACUCCUCACCAACGGGGUCACUAGCAAGAUCGGCCUAGCCAUUCUUUUUCGAUGCCUGGGUCUCCAUCUGCCCCUGCCAUUCCUCCUGGCCCACAUGCCCUACUGCCACUCACAGGUCCUGACCCAUUCUUACUGCCUACACCCAGAUAUAGCCCGCCUAGCCUGCCCAGGAGCUUGGGGUACAGUUUACAGCUUAGUUGUAGUCCUGUCGGCCAUGGCAUUAGACCCACUGCUUAUUUUCUUCUCCUAUGGCCUGAUUGUCAGAGUGCUGCAAGGUGUGGGGUCCAGGGAGGAUCGCUGGAAGGCUGGUCAAACUUGUGCUGCCCACCUGUCUGCUGUGCUUCUCUUCUAUGUGCCUAUGGUUCUCUUGGCACUCAUUAACCGGCUCAAAUUGCCCCUCCCUCAGCCUGCCCAUACGCUUCUCUCUUAUAUUCACUUCCUGCUUCCUCCACUGUUAAAUCCUAUUCUAUACAGUGUCAAGAUGAAGGAGAUUAGAGAGAGGAUACUCAAGAGGAUGCAGCCCGGGAAGGUUGGCUGUGCUCCGUGA